CAUGGCAACAUUCAUCAACAGACUCUCUUACUAUGGCAACGGCUCGCACCAUGGCAACGAACUCACAACAUUGCAUGAAGGUGGCCACUAGCGGGCGUUUUGUGUUAUUCUUGACCCAUAUUAAAGGUGAAAAAUACCUGUUUAUUAUGGAUUUUUCCGAGGACGUGUCACACGCAGGCAGCGGGGUGCGGCGGACGGACACUCGGCCAGUUUCAAGACGUGGGUUUCGAGAAUAUACUAACACUGGUUCUGCUGUGUCUAGGAGCGGAACCAUGAGACCAAGCUCAGCAUACCGUGGAGGCACUGCCUCUCGCAUGUCGACUGCUGGGUUUGGACCAGCGCCGCCCACUACUGGCCGGCAGGCCACUGCUAUGACUGGGUUCUCCAUGAUCGACAGACCAAUAACCCAACAAGGUAUAUCGGGGCUACGCACAGGCACGGCGCGUGGUUUCCGAACGAGGCAACUACAAGACAAGAGGUACUGGGAGGAGCUGAUGCAGGUCAAGAUCAGGGAGAUGAAGGCGGAGAUCGCGAGGCUGAAUGAGAAGGCAGAUGCGGGGGAAAGAGAGAGGUCGGCGAAGAAACAUUAUGAGAAGAGAGUGAGGGAGCUCGCGCAGGAACUAACUGAUCUCCAAGGCCGCUUAGCUGAUUACAACACAGCUAUCCGCAUUGCAAAUGGCGAGGCUUCGAAGCAGUCAGUUGAAGAACAGAUCAGAGAAAUGGAAACCAGUAACAAGAAGCUUCAAGAAGAAGUGGAACAUGUAUUUUUAGAGAAACAGAGGAAGGAAAAUCAGUUGAGGCAACUUAAAGAACAGAUGGACAAGGAGCAAUCAACAAUAUCCAAGAUAUUGUCAGAGAUGACACCAGAACAGAAGGACCAGUAUAACGACUUGGAGUCGACUGCUGCAUCGUUGAGAGAUGAGGUGGAGCAGGCCAGGACUCAACUCGACCAUUUGAACAGGGAAAAAGAGGAGUUUAACAAAGAGAUUUCUGGAUCACAGAUAAAAGUUCAUCUAUUGGAGUUGCAUCGUCGUUUGGCCACAGCUGAGGAGAAGAGGGACAACCUGAAAAAUGAACUAAACAACAAACUAGACCCGCAAGAAGAACGAGAGAAGUUAUUGCUUCAGGUUCGUGAAGACAACGCUGCCAUAUCAUCUCUUGACAGUAAUGCGGCAAGCAUCAAAGAACAGAUUCGCAAAGUGCAGGAACUCAUUGAGCAAGCUGAACAAGACUUAGAAGAAGGUAAUUCAGAACGCCACCAGAAAUAUCGAGAACUGAAGAAAAGAGAAGAAACAAUGGAUACCUUCAUGUCUACGUAUGAAGAAAACCUGAAAAAAGAACAGGAGAAAAUCGAGCAGUUGGAAAAAGAUGUGGUUUUCGCUUUGGAACACAGCAGUUCUAACAUAGACUUGGAUUUGAGUGAGAUUGAUAAUUUGAAACAGAAAGAAGGAUAUACUUCGACGUAUGAUGAUAAUAAAAAGUCUGUUCAGACUCUAACUAAUGAUUAUGAGAGGUUCCAAAGUAAUUUGAAAAAGGCGGAGGCAACACGGGAACGCCUCGCCACAGAACUGCAGACGUUGCCAGAGAAAACCAGUGUCAUGAAAGAAGAACUUAACACACUUUCCAAUUUAGAGAAACUAAGGGACGAAGGUGAAGAUCAGAAGAAGGCACUAGAAACCGAGGUGAAAGUUAUUAAAGAGAAAUUGACGCCCACUGAAAAUGCAGUCUUGGAAGCAACAAGCAAGUUAAAGAAAUUACAGACAAGUUUAGAAGGAAACGAAAUGUACACGAAAUUAAACAAUCUAGAAGAGCAAUUAGCACAAUUGGAAAGCAGGAAGAUUGUUCUAGAAGAAGACAUAGCUUCUAUAACUCUGAAGGCUGAUUACGAGCCGCUAAAGAAACAGGCGAUGGAAGCAUUGGCGGCGUUGAAUAAAAAGAUUAUAGAAGACUUGAACAGCACGAAAUCUUAUUAGAUAGUUAUAGAGUUUUUAAAAUAAAUACAAAUUAGGUCAAA